AUGCACCGUAUCCGUACCUGGGCUCACCAGAAAGCUCAUGGCCCCGAGCCUCUUGUUGCCGAGAGUCGUCGCGCCGCAGCCACACGGACAAGACCAAACCAAGCUCCCCGUACAACUUCCAACUCCUCCAGGCCUGGAGACGACACCGUCAACGCACCUGUGAUCCAAAAUGACGCGGUUGAAGUAUCUGUGGCUGAAAAUGUCGGUGAGAAGCCACCGACAGCGAAGCCAGGCGUUUCCGUGAGGUUUUUUGUCACGGCAAAGGACAUCCUCUGCUCCAGCAUCAUCAAUGUCCUCCUCGUCUUCAUUCCCAUCGGUAUCGCUGCACACUUUGCCAACUUGUCGGCGGGAAUCAUCUUUGCCAUGAAUGCCAUCGCCAUUAUUCCGCUUGCGGGCCUGCUCAGUCACGCGACUGAGAGCGUGGCCAAGCGCAUGGGUGAUACCAUAGGCGCAUUGAUGAACGUUACCUUUGGUAAUGCGGUGGAAUUAAUCAUCUUCAUCGCUCUUGUGAAGAAUGAAAUUCGCAUUGUCCAGGCAUCGCUGGUUGGCUCGAUCCUGGCCAAUCUGCUCCUGAUUCUCGGCAUGUGCUUCCUUCUCGGUGGCCUUCGAUACCGAGAGCAGACUGCCUUUCACGCAUCCUUCAGCAACACCGCCAAAGCUGAUAUCAAGGUCGUCAAGGUUAGCCGAGGAACAAGCGUUGUGCUGUUGCUGGUCUACCUGCUAUAUUUGGUCUUUCAGCUCAACUCGCAUGCCUACAUGUACGAGUCGACACCGCUGGAGACCAUCCAACGUGAAUCUCUGCCGGGACCUGCCGCUGGCUAUUUCAACUCUUCAUCAAGCUCCGAAUCUUCCUCAUCCAGCUCUGACUCGGAUUCCGACCAAUCCCAAGGAACUGCGCGUCGCAUUAAGCGAGUCAUCAAAAAGGGCAGAAACAAGAUUCACAUGCGAUCAGCGUCCACUGACGAGUCCGCAACAUCGCCUAUAUCGCCAACUCCCAUUGUGCCAUUAGGCGAGACAGCCGCUGAGCCUUUCAGUUCUAUCACGGACGAGAGUCAGCAUCCUACAGCCGACGUUGACGUUGCGGACGACGAAGGGGACAACGAGCCGGAGAAAACCACUCGCCACAAACGGAAGCUGAAACAUAAGAAGGAGAAGCGCAACACAGCCAAGCCUAUACCAGAUACCAUCAUUUCUAGCACGUCUACCAAUCCGCCCACCAACGAAAGCCAGGUCCGCCGUGUGGACUUCGCUCUGGGUCCGAAUACUGAAGCACAAACUGAACCGCGUUCAAAACCUUUCUCUCUGCUCACUCUUGCAAGCCCCUCUACUCUGUCAAAGACGCUAUCGGUCACUGUUUUCAGUUCGCAACCACAAGGCGAAGAUGGCGUCCAGGACCUAUCUACGGCCAACACAUCUCAUGCCAGGACAGCGAUUCCACAGCCGCAUCUGCGGCGCACGGCCUCCUACCCUGCCGACAAUCGCAGCCACAAUGCUGGCCCGGGCUCGUUUCCGCCAAUUGUCCCCAUCAUUGUCAAUAGGACGCCAAAGACUGUUCUGGCCGGUGAAGAAGGAGAAGAAGAGGAAGACAUUUCUCGAACUACUGCAGUUGUGUUACUGCUUGUGUCUACCGGCCUGGUUGCUCUCUGCGCAGAGUUCAUGGUGGGCUCUAUCGAUGAUCUGGUGAGCGACGAGUCCGGAUUAUCAGAAGCCUUUAUUGGCCUGAUCAUCCUGCCCAUCGUGGGCAAUGCUGCCGAGCACGUCACCGGAGUCACUGUAGCGAUGCGGAACAAAAUGGAUCUGGCCAUGUCAGUUGCCUUGGGCUCGUCGAUUCAGAUCGCCUUGUUUGUUACGCCGAUCGUCGUCAUUCUCGGCUGGAUCUUAGACAAGGAUAUGAGCCUGUAUUUUACCCUGUUUGAGACGGUCAGCAUGUUUGUCUCGGCUUUCAUCGUCAACUUCCUUGUUCUCGAUGGCCGCAGCAACUACUUGGAAGGUGCCCUGCUAUGCGCUGCUUAUGUCAUAAUAGCGGUUGUAUCCUUCUUCUACCCCAACUCUGAUGCAGCCAACGCGCUGGGCGGCGGCUCGUAA